CGGCAGUGGCAGCGACAGGCGCCGCCGGGACGGGCACGGGCGCGCGGGCUCCGGCGGGCGCCGGCUGCCUUCCUCCGUCGCUCGCUGCCUCUCCCGGCCGCAUUCUCCUCCGCUGCGGGGCCGAGCUCUCCCCAGCGCUCGCAGGAAGGAAGAAGGGAGCCGAGGACGCCGAGAAGUUCCCGCGGCAGCCGCGGAUCCCGGCCAAGGCGGAGGCUGCGGCUCCGACGGGGCAGGAGCGCGAUCCACGGCGAGGGGCGUACGGCCAAAGGGUCCGCGGCGUAGAGCGCUCGGACCUUCCGCUCUCCCCCGGGCGUGGGCCGGGACCCCAUGAGACGCGCCCACGAGGGGCGCGAGAUUCCUAGCUCGGGCGGCGCUAGGCGGAGGGCGGUGUUGCAGCUGCCGGAGCCGGAGAGCUGCCGGCAGGAGGCGGCGGCGGCAAGAACUUGAACUUGGCGUCGGGAGCGGGCGCCCCGGACGCCCCCCGCCGGGGCCGGGGCGCCGAGGGACCUGCGCCGCAGCGCUGCCCCCCGAAUGGCCGCGGCGGCGGACCGGGCUCCCGCGCCGCGGCCCUAGGCGGCCUCUCGCCAUGGCCAAGUGGCUAAACAAGUACUUCAGCUUGGGCAACAGCAAGACCAAGAGCCCCCCGCAGCCGCCGCGGCCAGACUACCGCGAGCAGCGGCGCCGGGGCGAGCGGCCCUCGCAGCCCCCCCAGGCCGUGCCGCAGGCCUCCUCCGCCGCCUCGGCGUCCUGCGGUCCGGCCACCGCCUCCUGCUUCUCGGCCUCUUCGGGCUCGCUGCCCGACGACAGCGGCAGCACCAGCGACCUCAUCCGCGCCUACCGCGCGCAGAAGGAGCGAGACUUCGAGGACCCCUACAACGGGCCUGGCUCGUCGCUGCGCAAACUGCGCGCCAUGUGCCGCCUGGACUACUGCGGCGGCAGCGGGGAGCCAGGCGGGGUCCAGCGCGCCUUCUCGGCCUCGUCCGCGUCGGGCGCCGCGGGCUGUUGCUGCGCCUCCUCGGGCGCGGGGGCCGCCGCGUCCUCGUCCUCGUCCUCCGGCUCUCCGCACCUCUACCGCAGCAGCAGCGAGCGGCGGCCCGCCACGCCGGCCGAGGUGCGCUACAUCUCCCCCAAGCACCGCCUCAUCAAAGUGGAGAGCGUCGCGGGCGGUGGGGCCGGGGACCCCCUGGGGGGCGCCUGCGCGGGCGGCCGCACCUGGAGCCCGACGGCCUGCGGAGGCAAGAAACUGCUCAACAAGUGCGCCGCCUCAGCCGCGGAGGAGAGCGGGGCCGGCAAGAAGGACAAGGUGACCAUAGCCGAUGACUACUCAGAUCCUUUUGAUGCCAAGAAUGAUCUCAAGAGCAAAGCAGGAAAGGGGGAGAGUGCUGGCUACAUGGAGCCCUAUGAGGCACAGAGGAUCAUGACAGAAUUUCAGAGGCAGGAAAGUGUCCGGUCCCAGCAUAAAGGUAUCCAGUUAUAUGACACCCCUUACGAACCUGAAGGCCAAAGUGUUGACUCGGACUCGGAGAGCACAGUCAGCCCCCGACUGCGGGAGAGCAAGCUGCCCCAGGAUGACGACAGGCCCGCCGAUGAGUACGACCAGCCUUGGGAGUGGAACCGGGUCACCAUCCCAGCCCUGGCAGCACAGUUUAAUGGCAACGAGAAGCGGCAGUCAUCCCCCUCACCUUUGCGGGACCGGCGGCGCCAGCUUCGUGCCCCUGGAGGGGGCUUUAAGCCUAUCAAACAUGGGAGCCCCGAGUUCUGCGGGAUCCUAGGAGAAAGGGUGGAUCCUGCCGUCCCCCUGGAGAAGCAAAUAUGGUAUCACGGAGCCAUCAGCAGAGGAGACGCCGAGAACCUGCUGCGACUCUGCAAGGAGUGUAGCUACCUUGUCCGGAACAGCCAGACCAGCAAGCAUGACUACUCCCUCUCCCUGAGGAGCAACCAGGGUUUUAUGCACAUGAAACUGGCCAAAACCAAAGAGAAAUACGUUCUGGGUCAGAACAGCCCUCCGUUCGACAGUGUCCCGGAAGUCAUCCACUACUACACCACCAGAAAGCUACCCAUCAAAGGGGCUGAGCACUUGUCCCUCCUCUAUCCCGUGGCUGUGAGGACCCUGUGAGCGGACCAGACCUGCCCUGCUCUGUGACAGAGCCUGAGACUUGGAGGUGCCAGAGGCCCCCCACCAACCAGCCCGGCCACUGUUGCUGGCUGUGUCGUUUGUGUUGUGUGUAUGGUACUAGCACACCACUGCAUGUCUCUAGAAUGCUGUUGCCACUUACGGGGGCUGGAGAAGGCCUGGAUAAAGACAGAAGGGUGGCAACACACCACCCCAGCCCCCACCCCCAUCCUCUCCUUGAGUUUCUGUGAAUUAAAAUAUUUGCAAAUCCAAAGAGAUGCCUUCCAGGAUGAACAAAGGCAGACCAGCUCCGAGGGGCGGGGUAGGGUGGGGCGGGAGCUCCCUGGCUGACAUCUCUUUGUUCUCCAGCUGUCUCAAAUUCACACCUGUGUACAGGGCAAAGUUUUCCCACAGGAGCCCCCCCUACUGAUGCUGGGAGCCAAAUGCUGGUGCUUUGAGAGUCCCGGAGGCCCCGGGGUUGCCGCCCCGCUGGUGUGUAUAUGUGUGUCUGUGUGAGUGUGUGUGUGAGUACAGAUGUGAGAAGGUGGUCACACACAGAUGGGUAAGCCCACUGAUCUACUUGUAGUCACUCAGUGUAAUCAUUAGGCUAUCUUCAAGGAAUCAUUGUGCAGUCAAAAAGAGGAUUCAAUUAUUUAUGAAUAGGGUGUGUAAAUAAAAUAGUCAUUUAAUAUAUAGCCUUAUCCUUUUUUGAUAUACUGCAGAGGGUCUCUGAGGGGGCAGUGCUGGUUUCACUCCCAGAGCAAGGCGUGUCUCCUCUGGGCUUGCUGCUGUGGCAGGCCCCAGGGAGGGGAGGGAGGCUGAGGCCUCAGCUCCAGCCCUCAGCAGCUCUGGACACAAGAGCCAUCUGCUCUGGCAACUGGGCUGAGGCAGUCGGUAGCACUCUGGGAGUCAACCCAGAGCUCAGAGUUGAGGCUUCAGCAGUGGACAUAGUCAGGAGCCUCCAGUGUUGACCAAACAACCAGUCUUUCCCUCCUGCAGUGGGACGUCUGUGUUGACACCCCCCAACCCCUGGACACAGCACCCAGCUGGCUACAAAGGGCUCUCUCCCCACUAUCUGUCAGCACCACCUGGGAGAUAUUUAGCAUGUAGGGAAAGGGAGACAGAGAAGGAACGUCAUUUGCCCAAAGCCACACAGCUCACCAGCAGCAGAGCGGUUCUGCAGCCAAUGCUCUUUCGUUGGUUCUGCAUGGCCUUGCUGUCACCCUGCCCAUGGAGGAGGGAGAAUCCUGACCUCCCAGGGACAUAGAGCCCUCAGUGGUCCACACUGCUUCCACACACAAGAACACCUACACACACACACGCACACGCGACCUCUCUUGCUUGCCGUAGCAGGGUCCUCCCACACAGGCCAGGCAGCCCCGAUGAGGCUAAGAGUUUCUCAACUCUCCUGCUUUUUCCACCCACCCAGCAGCAUGAAGAUGUGGCUUCCCUCUCCUGAAUGAGAUACAAGGGUUCCAAAGCCUUCGCCAGGCACCAGCUGGUCUGAAUGAACUAGAAGUUUGACGACUGUCAUCCCUGGCCCACCUGGGCAGAGCACAAGGGGCCGAGUUUGAACGUCAUCAGCAGGUUCAGACAUCAGCGCUGCUCAUGUCUUUAGAGACUGUUUGGAGGUGGUUCCAGCUCACUGUUCACAUGCAGAGACACAGGCCGGGAGAAGGAGGACUCGCCAAGGCCACGUAUCGAGCUGGGACUGAGCCCUGCCCCUUUAGGUAGCUGCAUGGACUUCAGCGGUUUGUGCAAAGCCCUGCUCUUGGUGACCCGCCUUUAGUGACCAGUCUGCCUCUUGGGUCUUCCUCCCAGGCCUUGUCUGGCACGUCCACGUGGCCCAGCCCUCAUAGAGACCACGCUGGCUGUGGCCUGGGUUUAGUCUCUUAAAGAAGCCAAUCCUUUCCUUGCCGGUUUGGCAUUUCCUAAAACAUCCCUCAAUGAGGGAGGAAGGCAGGGACACCCUGGAAUGAUUCGUGCUUUCCUUUGGGGGAGUGGGAAGGUAGGUGGGAAAUGACAAGAUGAGUGAGGAGUUGGCACUUGGCCAAACAGAGGAGACUGGACCCCAAGGCUUAUCCUCAGAGGAGGCCCAAGAGAGGCUGAGGAAGAGGGGGAACAACCCUCCGGCGGGGGAGGAGGGUGAGACCUCACACUGGCAAGUUCAGGUCCGGCCACUUCCUGAGGCUGCUGGGUGGGGCCGCACCUCACAGUCCUUCGCUGUAGACCAUCUUCCCGGGCACAUUGCUCCUCAGAAAAGGCUCUAGGAGGGUCUCAGUGGAAGCUGGCAGCUGUGCCCUCUGGCCCUGACUUGGCCUCUUAGGGUAUUCCUGGGACCCUCCCUCUGUCCCUGGCCUUCGUCUUCCUGAAGUUUCCCUGGGAGGCCCAACCUCCUGCCCCUCUCAGGGACAGAGGCCGGCAGAGGAGCCAGCUUACAGGAUGGGAGCUGCUGAAAAGAAUUUUUUUCCCUUAAUUUUAUGAACCUCUCCCUCUUCUUCCUGUAAUUGUGACCAUUUCCUCUGUCAGCCUGUAUUCAUGUUUUCUUGGACAUCUAACAAUUGAAACCGCUUUUCCCUUUCAGAAACACUCACA